CUCAUCUGAUUCUGCUAGCAGAAUAGGGGCUAUUCACCCAAACUAAACCAGAGCCAGCGCCAUUUUUAGGGUGUGGUCCUCUCACAAGGACAGUUAAAGCAGUGUCAAACUGCAUUAAUUCCUCAAUGCAACUGCAGCCUGUGUCAAAAGUCUGUUCCUGAAUCCAUCUCAUCUUUUCCAAACACUGUUGCAGAAGUGAAACAUUUACUGCAAGGGAAACGCCCAGCCUCUGAAAGCAAGUGAAACUAAAGUUGGUAGACUGCAGACAUGGCUGCAAGUAGGAAUACUGUCCAGGAUCUUUCUGAGGAAGCCACUUGUUCCAUCUGCCUGGACUAUUUCAGAGACCCAGUGAUCAUCCCCCAGUGUGGGCACAAUUUCUGCAGAGACUGCCUGACCCACUGCUGGGGGGAUUCAGAGGAAGAGGCCUCCUGCCCCCAUUGCAGACAGGCUUUCCAGAAAGGGAGCCUCUUGCCAAAUAGGCAGCUGGCCAACUUUGUAGAAAUCGCCAAGAAACUGAGUAAAGAGGGGACCAAAGGGAAGGAAGGGCAGGGCAGCAUCUGUGAAAAGCACCAGGAGCCCCUGAAGCUCUUCUGCAAGGAGGAUGAGACCCUCAUCUGCGUGGUGUGCGACAGGUCCAAGGAGCACCAAAAUCACCAGGUGGUCCCUGUGGAGGAGGCUACCAAGGAGUAUAAGUUUCUGAUUGGUAUUCAGCUGCAACUGCUGAGAAGGAAGAGAGAGAAAAUUCUGGUAUAUAAAGCAGAUCUAGAAAAAGAAAGCCAAUACUUGUUCAAAUUAACAGAAACUGAGAGGCAGAAGACAGUGGCUCAGUUCCAAGAAAUACAUAGGUUUCUGGAAGAGCAAGAGAAGCUCCUACUGGCCCAGAUGGAUGAAGUGGAGAAGGAGAUUGCAAGACAAAGGGAGGAGCACGGGGCCAAGCUAUGUGGGGAACUUGCUUCUGUUGAAGAAGUCAUCCAGGAGCUUGAGGAGAAAAGGAAACAGGCAGCUAGUGAACUCCUGAAGGAUGUGCAAAGCACGUUGCAGAGGAGAGAAGUGAAGGAAGCAAUACUUGAGAUUCCAGUGGUUUUCUCUCCGGAGCUGAAGUGGAGGAUCUGGGACUUCUGUGAUCUAAAUCCUUUUUUCAAUGGCAUCAUGGAGGAAUUCAAAAAGGCUCUCUUGCAUGGACAACAGCUGGAAAAAGCAAAUGUGACUUUGGAUCCAGACACAGCUCAUCCCCAGCUCAUCCUGUCUGAGGACUGUAGGAGUGUGAGAUGGGGACACAAAGUUCAAGACCGACCCAAGAAUCCUGAGAGGUUUGAUGUACGUGCGUUUGUGCUGGGACGUGAAAAAUUCACAACAGGCAGACAUUUCUGGGAGGUGAUGGUGGAAGGUGAGGAAAUAUGGGCUGUAGGUGUGGCCAGAAAGUCUAUGAUGAGAAAAGGACUUGUGGAGUUUGGUCCUGAGGAAGGCAUGUGGGCUGUGGGGAAGUGGAAUGGCAAAUACUGGAGUAUAAAGCCUCCCAAUAACCCAGUUCUAAGCCUGCGAAAAGAACCCACAAGGAUCCGAGUGACUCUGAAUUAUGGAGGACAGCGUGUUGCUUUUUUUGACGCAGUUACUGGAGACCUCCUUUAUGCAUUCUCAGCAACAUCAUUCUCUGGAGAAACCCUCCAUCCUUAUUUUUAUGUGAUCAGAAAAGCUUGUCUAAGAAUCUUUUCUUCAGGCAACUAGAUUGGUCCAAAGUAGCAUGUAGUCUCAUAACACCACUCCUUGUAUUUGUGUGAUUUUGCAGAUCGUUGUCACCCUCAUGUCUGCUCAUUCCAUUCAUUGGGGAGUGGGGGCUCAUUGUAGCAAUAUCUUGAAUCUGGACUAGUUUGCCAAAAUUCAUCAUAUGCAAGGUUGACAAUCAAGAAGUAGCCAUUAACAACUUUAUGUCCUGCAUAAGUACUAAAUGGAAGUGUUGAUUUCAGUUCACUUACCUGUAUUUUUCUCUGUAAAGUUAAUAUACUGUUCACAUUAAUAAACUUAUGUAAUGC